AUGUUGCAAGUUGGGGGCAGAGUUAGAGGGAUUGUCCUGGCCUGGCUUCCAAUCAGAAGAGAGCCAAAGCUCUCAAGGCUGGGACAUGGCCUAAGGAGACUCUUUGUGGUUGAGAGACCUCUCCCAUCAUUUGUAUGGGAAUUGAGCUUCCUAACUGACCUGGCCUAUCUGGACUGCCAGAAGAACUGCUUGGGAGAUGACCUGGAUUUCACUUUCAUUAGCAUGUCCAAGCUUGCCUACCUGGACCACAGCUUCAACAACCUUCAAUGCCGGUCACCAUGGAGAAGGAUGCCUUUGCCAGUAACCCCUUGGCUGGGGCAUCUGGACAUGAGCCAGACUGGCUUACUAUUCCUGGACACCAGCACUGUUUCUGACCUGCCCAACCUUAGGUUUCUGGGGCUCGGUGACAACCGUGGGCUCUGCCUGAACAUACUGCCUUUGCUACCUGACAAAAGCCAGAUUUGCGCACUUUUCCUUCCUUCUUGGUCAUUCUCUUGA